AUGGUUCCUAGUAAGAGACAGGACUGCCUGAUACUAGAAGUAGCUGUUGACUGGAGGUUGCAGUGCGUGGUUGCUCCUGGUGGGAGUAACAAUGAAGACAUCCAGUCACGCUUUGGUCGUGUUCCUGUGGCUGUGGAUGGACUGAUUCUUAAAACCAGCAAAAUGCAACAAAAGUUGCCAGAAGACCAGAAGACCUGCAAAUCCAUCAGUCCUGUUAUCUCAGAGUCACAGCAGGCAGACUCUGCAGUGUAUUUCUGUGCACUGAGUGAACCCAGGCACAUACUUUCUGAGAGAAAUGCAGGCUGGCUUGAUCAUUUCACUGUGACUUCUGCAUUUCUUCUUGUUGAGAAUCAAGAACCUUUAGGUGACUCUGUAGAGAUGAACUCUUCUCCAGGCUUAGUGGCUGCGGUCCUCUUAGUGCUUGGACAAACACAUGGAGACUCUGUGACCCAGCAGGAAGGCCAAGUGACAGUCUCAGCAGGGGACUCCCUGAAUGUGAGCUGUACUUUUUCAGCCUCAGGAUCUCUCACUCUUUUCUGGUAUGUCCAAUAUCCCGGAGAAGGUCUACAGCUCCUGCUGAGAGCCCUGACAAGCAAUAAGAAGGAGAAAAAAGAAGGUUUUGAAGCCACUUACCGGAAAGACUCCAAUUCCUUCCACUUGGAGAAAACCUCAGUGCAAGAGUCAGACUCGGCUGUGUACUACUGUGCCCUGGGUGACACAGUGACAGAAACUGCAGGGGGUGCUGAGCGCAAACUGAGCAGCAGCAGGGGCCUGGCUGCUGAGUGCCUCUGA